UCGGUUGGGGCCGCAGCGCCCGUCUGCGGGCGUUUGUGAGUGACGUCUGCUGUAGUAAUUGUCGCCCGACUUGAACCGUAACAGGGGCCGAAUUUGCCUUUUGAAGUGCUGUCGCCUUUGGGGCACCUGCGUUGGAUGAAGAUGAGUGGAAAGAAUUUGAGCAAAAAGAGGUUGAUUACAGCGGACUCAGAGUACAGGCCAUGCAGAUAAGUGAAAAGGAAGAAGAUGAUAAUGAAAAGAGAGAAGAUCCAGGAGAUAACUGGGAAGAAGGUGGAGGUGGUGGUGGUACAGAGAAGUCUUCAGGACCCUGGAAUAAAACAGCUCCAGUACAAGCACCUCCCGCACCAGUAAUUGUUACAGAAACCCCAGAACCGGCAAUGACUAGUGGUGUGUAUAGGCCUCCUGGGGCCAGACUAACCACAACAAGGAAAACGCCACAAGGACCACCAGAAAUAUACAGUGAUACACAGUUUCCAUCCUUGCAGUCCACUGCCAAGCACGUAGAAAGCCGGAAGUACUUAAAAUGAAUGCUACCUGGAAUUAAAUGACCACAUGUGGUUCAUCUACAUCUUACUUAGGGACAUGAAUUUUUAAAAGUAAAUAAAAUGGGAAGAAAUAUAAAUGACAUCAGAUGGAAAUUUUUUUUGGGGUGGCUUUUAAAGUAAAUCCCAGCCUUUUUGCCUCUUUGAGAGCACAGCUGGCUUGAAUUUAAACCUCCACUUGGACUGGCUCCUCUACUCUGUGGUACAAAAUGUAUAAGGGACCUCUGGGAGGGCAGUGACUCAACAUGCUCAUCUUUCCUUACCUGAUCUGACCUACCCCACUCCCACAAAGCAGAAAUGAGGAGAAACUGUUGUCAUAAGUUUACUUGAAUAAAAUUGUUACCCUUAUGCAUAAAGAAACAUAUUAACUAAUUGCUGAAAGUAAGUCAGUUUUAGGAAGAGUCAUUAUACAGCUUCUUUCCAGUUGUCUUCAAGUCGGUCCCAAAAUAGGUUUGCAGUACUACUCUUGAGUAAAAGAUGAGACCAUAAAGCUACAGUACAGUAUUGUGUGUCUUCUGUUCAGUUGAAGCCUUAAAAUGGUUUAAUACUGGUUUUAUGUACCAUUUCUCCCUUUCUGUCUCUCCCCAAGAUUCUUAAGGGGUGACUUUUUAAAAGAAAUAUAAAGUACAUUUUCCAAAAAACUCCAGUGAAGAAAUAUUUACUGAUAACAUUUCUUUUCCCUUAGGGAUAAAGAAAUGGAGAAGAGCUUUGAAGUAGUAAGACACAAAAAUAGAGGUAGGGAUGAGAUUUCAAAAAACCAGGCCCUUAAACUUCAGCUA